GCAAUUUCACUGUUCCACCAACUUUCAUCUGUAAAAUUGAUAGUUCACAAAUGGCUGCAGCCAGCAUGUUGGUGCAUGUGACCCACAUAGACGAUUCCAUCAGAGGUCGCCAAGGGCCAUGUGUUUAUUUCUGGGGAAUGACUCAUGAUCGCAGUUUCUAUCUGACAAUGGAGCUGUAUCUGGAAUCCAUCCGGCAUAGUUUGGAAACAAAGCUUCCACCGUUGAGCGUUAGUGUGCUUGAAAAUAUGCAAGUCUGCUGUGUGCUCAUCAACCACAGAUGGCAACGAGCAAGAAUUCCUGAAUUGAAGUUAAGCCAAUCAGGAACCAUUGAAGUAUUCUGUAUUGAUUCUGGCGACACACACACAGUUCCUUUGGCACUUGUGCGCACAUUAGACAUUUCUGGAUAUGAAGCAGAAAACAUCAGAGAAUGCCCACCCCUUGCCACCAAGUUCAUUCUUGCUGAUGUAGUUGCCCCGUGUGGACCUGGGACUUAUAGUCGACAAUGGAGUGAGCUUGCCAUUAUGUAUUUGAAGAUUCAUGUGGAGAAUCACACUUGGAAAGCAGUGCCAUUGGGAAUGUAUGGCACUCACCAGGGUGUGAGGCUGUUAAAUUCCAAUAAUCAACUCUUAGCAACUAUUAUGAUUCAACAAUCCUUGGGUGUAGCAGCACAGACCUACCAUGAAGCUUUAAGUAUGUGUGAAGUCAUGAAUAAACAACCAGCCUACAUGAAGCCUGCUUUUUACACUUCAUCAGCCAUGAAAUUGUUCCCUGCUGGAUGCAACCUGGCAGCUCUAUCUAAUCCAGUCAGACCCGCUUUCGCCAUUCCUUUGUCCCAGAAAGAACAUCUUCAUGCGCCUCAGAGAGCAUACGUGAUCAACAAUUUACCAAGUAAAGGUCGUCAUAAUGUAACUGUGUCACACAUGUCGGAAGGACCCUUCAAAUUCUUCGUCCAAAUGAAAAGCGAGGCAAGUACUCUCGUGAAUAUACGCAAGAAACUAAACACAGCAGCGCCCAUUCCUUUUCACGGCACACCCGUUGGGUCACCUUGUAUGGCCAUCUCUCCAGCUGAUAAACUGUUUCAUCGUGGUUUAAUCACGGCAGUGAAAGAUUAUGGCACUCCUGGCUGUAGUUGCACCGUCUACUAUGUUGAUACCGGUAGUCAGAAUCAAAUUAACAUCUCCCUGAUCUGUGAUAUUCCGGAUGAGCUUCUGGAACCCCCUUUGUGUGCGUAUCGCGUGUCUCUAUUUGGUGUACAAGAAGUUUCAAAGCUGUGCGGCCUCAUCCAAAUUUUUACCGCGUUUGUAAAUUCGGCCAGUAACCUCCAGGUCGAAGUAGUGGAUGACGACAAACAGGAAGUUAAUCUCUAUGAUGAAGCUGGCCGAAGCAUACGCGAUCUUCUUGGCGCGAUUUUUGCAAAUCUCCAGAAUACGACAACAAAUAUUCCACGUGGCAUCGCAAGCUCGCCAUUUAGUAAUGUGAUGUACAUGACAGUAGCUGAGAUACCUUCACUUAAUUUGGCUGCGGAGGAGAGCCUUUUCGUAAGUUUCAGUGAGAAGCCUGGAUACUUUUACGGACAACUUGAAAAAAUAAGCCUACCUGAUUCAAAGACUGAAUUUGGAACCAAGGCUCUAAACGAAAUGGCCAUUGAGCUGAGUACAGCCUACUCGUCGGAAACUAGCGCACCUCAUCUCUAUGUCGAUGUUGAGAGCCGCUUAGGUCAUCAUGGCGUUGUUCAUUGGGAAGUGGAUCAACUUUACUAUCGUGUUCGCGUUACCAAAGAACUCCCUAACGAUGUCGAAGUUCAAUUUAUCGACUAUGGAAACAGUGUCUGCAUGCCACGUAGGAAAAUUCUGGCUCCGCUUGGAAAUCUGACUCGUUUCCGUCAACCACCUUACGGUGUUGAUUGUCGACUGGAUCUUAAUGUUACAUUGCCGGUCUCGAAAUGGAACAACCUGAUUCUCGAUAAGUGGAUAAAGGUUAAAAUGGGCCCGUGUAUCGAAGGGGCCUACUCCGUCACGUUUACCAGUGAUCCCUGUAAUAGCGAAAUUGUCAAGAUUCUCGGGGCGCGUGCUUCAUCCAAAUUUGUCGAAAACGUUAGCAAAACCGCUUCAAGUACUGAAAUCUCACGGCCAGGGUCUGUUCAGUUAGUACACCCUCGAACUCCGCUUGCCGAUAAAGAUUAUCGACAAAUAAGAAGCAGUGACAGUGGAAAUUAUUCGAUUACAUUCUCAAAUGGACCAUGCGCUAAACAAAAUUCUGCAGAAACGAAUGACGAAAAAACUUAUGCAAGAAGCAAUGGUAGUGUAAGUUCUAGGUUCUGCGAAGCCUCCGUACGCAUGGAACGCAAGGCCAGUACGACAGAAAACCCAGUGAAAGAAGCAAUUGUAGCUGAACAACUGGACUUGUUUUGCACACCGAAGUUAAGUUCACCCAUUACUUCUACUAGUCAACUUCAAAAGUUGCUUCCGUAUGGCACUGAAAGUUCAGAAAAUCGAAAAGAAUUGAACCGACAGAUUUCGCCAGAAACUUUGGAACCUCAGAAACCAGCAAUGGUGCAUGAGAUUCCACAAUUGGAAGUGUCCCAAAUCCAGAAGCAGUAUUUUUAUCCACAACAACCAGGUUUAUCUGGACUUGUCAAGAAUGUGGAAGUGGUAUCCGUGAACGAUCCAACAGACUUUUACGUACAGCUUUCGGAAUCGUUUGCCGCUCUCGACGACUUGGCUAAAAGGUUGAACUUAGUUUAUUCCGAUGAAUCCAAACCAGUUGUACAAAAUCCCACACCUGGAUCAGCUUGUGUUGUUCAGUAUGACGAAGAUAACGCAUGGUAUCGCGGGCAAUACGUGAGCUCUUGUGACCAUCAUUUACCGGUCCCGUUGGCCAACGUGUUCUUCGUCGAUUAUGGCAACACUCAACAUUGUCCAAUAAAGCAAAUUAAAGCUAUUGACGAAGAAUUUGUCAAACUAAAUCCGCUAGCCUUCCGCUGCAAGCUUGAUGGAAUUGAUAUCUUGCAAGCAUGGACAUCUGAUGACAAGAGCAAAUUCGAAAAUUGCUGCAUUGGGAAAGUGUUCUCAGCGACUUUUGCCAAACAAGAUCCUGGAGCAAAAUACCCUAUACAUUUGGUAGAAAAAAGUGAAUGUGGUACUGUUACCAUUAAUGGGGUAUUUAGAAAAUUGAGUUUGGCGUCCGUUGGACCUCCGUCUACCGCGUAUACGAAACUUCCGAUUUCUAAGACAUCAAUGGAUGUUAUCCUGACUUGUUGUUCUGAUCUUAACCAGUUUUAUCUAAGACCGUUUGAUGAUAAAGGUUAUCAGAAUCAGUUGGAAGAACUGGAAAACUUCUAUUCAUCGUUGUCACCAAAUGAAUUGCAAGAGGACCAACCAACUGUUGGAUUACCUUGCGUGGUUCGCUUUAUUGAAGAUGGACGUUACCACCGCUCGCAAGUCCUAGCCAUUCACGAUGAGGUGGCAGAGAUACUUUUUGUCGACUAUGGAACGAAGCAAAAUACGCCGUUGUCGCAGUUAAAACGGAUCAUCCCUCUGUUUAUGACGUUCCCUCAAUUGACGUGGUCGUGCCAACUAAAGGGAGGAAAGCCGAGCAGCCCUAUCAGCGCUGAACUUCAGAAAGCCAUAGAUUUGUGCAUUAUGACUAAAGAAAAGCUUUCUGUGUUGUUCACAUCUUCUGGUUCAGAGAGUUCCAAUGAAGUUCAUGAGGUGGAUUUGACCCUUCCCAAUGUAGGGAAUGUGUCCCAAUAUUUGGCUCAACUCAAAUCCAUGGAAUGCAUGUCUUCAAUCACUGAAGUAGAAUUGGUCUCCCAGAAUGUAAAUUUUACACCAACGCAAGUUAUUUCCAGCCAGGCCAUCAUUUCCUAUGCUGAAUCACCUACCGAGUUCUGGCUACAGUUAGAACCAGAAUCCGUUGAAGCCAUUAUGACUCGGAUCGACAAAUUGGCCAUAGAUCCUCAAUUCGCCGACACAAACAAUUUUACUGCUUCGAUCGGCAAGCCCUGUUUGGCGUUCUUUAUGGAGGACGGGCGCUGGUACCGUGCUGUGGUAGAGGCAAUUAGCGAAGAUUCAGUAACAGUCUUAUACAUCGAUUAUGGAAACAGUUGCAGUGUGAAAAGCUGCGACUUGCGGGAACUGCCGUUCGAUCUUGCUCAGACUCCAGCCCUGGCAUACAAGUGUUGCCAAGAGGGAGCGGAAAGUUAUUUGGCACACGUCACUGAAAUUUAUUUGAAGGUCAUAGCAGAGAUGACUGCUUUGACAGUGAAGUUCGUAAAUAUAGUCGACGGAGUAUUACACGUUCGUAUCUUCGACCCUGAAGGGACAGAUCUUGGCGAUCUAUGCAGCGAACAACCCACGGAUGUUUUGGUGCCAGAAGCAUCUGUCGAAAGUGAUGCAGGAAAUACUGCCACCCAACCAUCAUCGACUACAAUCGUGGACGGAGAACGUAAUGCAACUGUUGGGAACACCACUUCGUCUCAGGUGGAAGGAUAUCGUGAAAAAUCCUCUAUUCGUGAUUCACAAGAUUAUUCUGUCUUGUCAAAAACAUGUGUAGAGUCGGUUAAGAAAGAACUAAUUACCACCACUCAACAUGUGGAGGGCUACAUUGUCUACUGCCUAUCUCCUAUGGAAUUCUGGUUUCAAUCCAAACAGGAUGAAAUGAAGCUUCAAAAAAUCCAAACUCUUCUAGUCGAAUAUUAUGAAAAGGACUCCGACGCUUUUCAAAUAAUGGAGAAACCAGUUAUCGGUCGAAUUUAUGGAGUUUAUCAUCCUAUCUAUGCUGGCUGGUUUCGUGCGCAAAUUCAGAAUUUAGCUGAGGCUACUACCGAAGUUUAUUUUGUUGACUAUGGUGAUACUCAAACCACUCCUUUGGAAAGCAUCCGCGAAAUGCCAAGCGAGUGCGCAGGUAUUCCACCUUUGGCAACUCGAUGCAGCUUAAAGAAACCACCAAAAGACUGGUCACAAGCAACAGUGGAAAAGUUUAACGGCGUUUGUUUUGAUUCAGAAAAAGUAUGUCGAGCGUUCUUUGGAGCAGAAGAGAACGGUGUUAUCUUCGUUGACUCGUUGUUUGUUGGGGAAACUAAUGUUUUAGAUUUUCUAAAUGCAGAUGUAGAAGCGGUCUAG